AUGACAGAUCAAGCUCCUGCCAUCGCUGCUGCAAUAAAGGAUGUGUUCCCCGAGGCUAGGCACCGUUUGUGUGCGUGGCAUCUUGGAGAGAAUUCAAAAAAGAAUAUUGCUACCCAGAGAGCUAUGAAAGGUUUUACUGAAUUGUUUAGUUAUCUGUUAAAGUACUGUGAUACAGUGGCUGAGUUUGAACAUUAUUGGCCAAUAUUCAUUAAGAGCUAUAAGUGUGAGAAGAACGUUUGGUUGAAUAAUUUGUAUAUGAUUAGAGAGCAUUGGUGCCGUGCGUAUUCUAAGGAUUCUUUUUUUGGCGGUGCUUUGUCUUCUCAAAGGAGUGAAUCAACUAAUAAUUCUAUUAAAGAUAGGCUGAGGAAGACAGAUGGUUUAUGUGAUUUUUAUCACUUGUUUUCAGAUGAGCAGCUUCUGAACGGAAUUUCAUUGAAUAAGGAACGUACAUUUGAAGAUGUACAAAAAGUUGUUUAUCUGAUAUGGAAGCCUGCUACAGAUGAUUUGAUAAGGCAUAAGGUUACGUUCAACAAAAUUACAUUUGAGGCCAAUUGUACAUGCAAGCAUUUUUCUGAAGUGGGGUUAUUGUGUUCACAUAUUCUUCGUAUAUAUAGUAUACAUUGUAUUGGUGUGCUACCUAAGCAAUACAUUUUGAAGAAGUGGGCGAAAGCUGCUAUGUGCAGCACUAUUGUGGAUGAACAAUUCUCUAAAGCAAAUGUUGUUCCUGCUUCUGUUUGGAGAUUCCAAACUAUGAGGAAGUUUGUUCGUUUAGUUACAUCUUGUCAAGAUUUCCUUGAAUCUAGAGUAGAAAUUGAUACUGCUUUUGAUUUGUUAAGGCAAAAAGCGUGUAACAAGAAGAAGGCUUGGAGAAAACAUGCUGAAAAACAUGCUGAAAAAGUCAACGCUAAAGCGCAAGCUUUUGUUCAGGAGCUUGAUGGCUUGGGAAAUCUUCUCAUUUAUUCUCAUCCAAGUUCUGGCUCAAAGUUACGUGUAUUAGGUUUAUCAUUAGUUGAGGAGGAUAUUUGUGGUAAGAGUGAAGUACCAGAUGUUGUGGAUUCUUUGGAAUGUUUUGUCCAGGGUGUAUUUGGAUCUCAAUCUAAGAAAAGGAAAGGAAUAUAUUCGACAUGCACUCCAAAUUCCGCUAACAAGGAGUUGACUUCUCCUGCUGCUCGUGUAUCACUCUAUGAUGAGAUUAUGGCCAAUUUUGAUAAAUAA